GAUAAAACUUGCAAUAUCUGAGAUAAGCAGAUUGAAUCACAAUGGGUUCCAGAAAAAUGCUCAGUGCUUUGUACGCUACGUUGUAUUUGACGUGUGUGACAAGCACGUGGUCUUCAGAUUCCAUUUCAACACCACCCUGUUUGUACCGUGGACAGCAAUACCCAGUCGGUUCCUUUCAGCCGUCUGUAUGCGAACACUGUCAGUGUAGUGUUUCAGGCCAGGUAACAUGUGCGCCUCAAUUCUGCCCUCCGCCAGAAUGUGUCGAUGACGUCAAGGAUCCAUCUCAGUGCUGCCCUGUGUGCCCAAAUGGAAAGACAUGCCAAAUUACAAACAGCAGGACUAUUAUCAAAUUUGGAGAAAGAUACUUUGACGGAGGAAUGGAAUGUCGCUGUCCAUCACACGGGUCCCUUGAGGCAGAAUGUAUAUAUGUAUAAACUUAAGCUUUAAAUAAAUUAUACUUUUAUUUGAAA